UUCUUAUUCUUAUUUUUCUCCUCAUCUGAAGCGCCUCCUCGCUCCUUUCUGUCACUCUUUCAGCGGAGGGAUGCACUCGCCGGGGUGUCCGGGAGUCAUGGGGAAACCACUACCCAACAGUGAUUGGGAACCAAAAUCCUGAAAAGGUUUCUGAUGGUGUUUUUCCUGGGAAAUGGACAAGUGUUGAGAAUUUAAGAAUAGAGGACUUUACUUUGGAAGAACUCGGCAGUCCCGAUCCCCGCCCUCUCCCUUCUAGCCAAUCGGAUGGCUCCGAAUGACAGGAUACAGUAAUGGAUGUGGUCACGCCGUUCAGCGCUGUAGCCAGAAUGCAGCUCAGAGGGUAGGGUCAGCUGUGAGCCCGCCUCACCCUACCCUCCCACCUCCCCGUUAGCUCCGCCAGAGAGCCGCCCCUUGACCCCACUUCCAGGCAGCAAUCCUUCCCUCCCAACACCGACCCCUCCACCACGGCUUCGGAAGACGGAACAUGACGCUGGUUCAUGUCUGAUACGUACACCUCUGAGGCGUCGAGCGUAAAACCAGUGGAGCAAUGAAUGGCGGAAAGGACUGUGAGGCGGGAGAUGAGAGGCAGGCCGUCCCUGUCCAGGUCCCCAUUGGCUGGCAGCGCAAGGCGGAGCACGGCGGAGGCGUCGUGUAUGUGAGUCCCAGCGGCUCGCUGCUGUCCAGCUUGGAGCAGGUGAAGACCUACCUGCUCACAGAUGGAACCUGUAAAUGUGGCCUGGAGUGUCCGCUCAUCCUCCACAAGGUGUUCAACUUCGACCCAGGGGCGGCUGUCAAACAGAGGACGGCGGAGGAUGUGAAAGCAGACGAAGACGUGACCAAACUCUGCAUUCACAAGAGAAAGCUCCUGGCUGUGGCCACGCUUCACAAGAGCAUGGAGACACACCCGCCUCUGGCACUGACUAGCCCAGGAGGAGGUACAUCAUCUGCAGUUGCUGUGCAUUCUACAACUCAACGAGCAAUAAGGACUAAAGCCCACGAUGGGUUGCCCAAUGCUGUUGGCCCUGAGUGCAAGAACCCGUUCAAAAUGAUAAUGGUGGCCGGACAGCAGCAACAGCAGAGGUUGUUUCCACCUCAGGAGGCGGUUGGAGGCCCGCAGCCUGAGCUUUACUCUGGAUACUCCCGGGCACAGAGGCUACCGAGCGGGGAUCCUGGAACUAAAUCUCCAUAUCGGGUGGGGUAUGGAGGCAUGUUGAGCCCAUCUUCCUCCAGUGCUAAACUGUAUGGAGAUGGCUCUCAGUCUCCCAACACAGACACUCUGGGCAGCCCUGAGGGAUUUCAUAGGACCAAUCCUUGUGGCUUUCCAGGAGCCGGUAGUCCCGGUUCAGUAUCCAUCCAUGGGAACCCUAGGACUCCUCUUUCCCCACCCAGAGUAAUGCUUCAUGGCUCUCCUGCAGGCCAGCCAUCCUGCGCCAUGACAGGAAGGACUAGCACGCCCCUCUCCCCUACGGCCACUGCCAAAAGCCCUGUCAUGAACAUGAACAUGCCCCGGGGGAACUUCCCACCCGGCAUGGAUCUGCCUCGAGCAGCAUUUCAUCAUAAAUCUCAGCCCCCUCUGCAUUCUGUACCUCCCCCGCCAUCUAUACCACCACCCUGUGCUCUUCAGAAAAGGCAGUUGACCUCUGAAAAAGACCCCUUAGGCAUUCUGGAUCCCAUCCCUAGCAAGCCAGUUUGCCAGCCCCCAAACCAUGCCCCCAACCUGCCCAACUUCCAGCCCAACAUCCACUCUCAGGUACAAAUGAUGAAUGUAAACAUCCCCCCUCCUGCCAUCGUUCCCCUGCCAAGCAACUUACCUUUACCCACAGUGAAGCCUGGACCUGUGGGCCAUGGUGGCAAUGUGCAAAGGACUCAACAGAGCGGUCCUUCCUCCUCCAUGUCCCCCUCGCCUGUCACUUCCCCUGUUCACAUGGGUGGACCGGUUCUGGGGCGAAUCGAGGCCUCGCCUCAUCGCUCACGUUCCUCCUCCACCUCCUCCGAACACGGGAGCUUUGCAAUGCCCUCGGGUCACCAGGCCCCAUGUGCCACCAUGAAGGUUCCCCCUCGUUCUCCCAGGUCGGCUAUGGGGUCUCCCCGGCCAGCCAUGCCCUCAAGCCCAUCCACCAACAAAACCGACCCACUUCACCAGUAUAAAGACUCCCAGCUGUUGCCUGGAAUGGGAAACCCAGUCGGCACCCAUCAGCACAGCAACUCCAUGUACUCCCCCACCUCUUCCUCCUCUUCGUCCUCUCUGGCAACUUCCAGCACUUCCCAGAAGGGCCACCCUGGUCUCCUUGGGAUGCCCCUCAACCAGAUUCUGAACCAACAGAAUGCCGCUUCCUUCCCAGCCAGCAGCCUCCUCUCAGCCGCAGCCAAAGCACAGCUAGCAAAUCAAAACAAACUCGGCCCUGCUGGCAACAGCACUCCCGGCAUGGCUGCUGGCGGUGCGGUCGGCAUGCCGGCAAUGGGGGCGGCCGGCGGAGGUAACGGUGGGGGUGUCGGCCCUCGAAGCAUGGAGGGACACAGCACUUUAAAUCCCAUGCUCCCGCCAAACUCCACCAUGCUGCUAAACACUCCAGAAGGUCAGAGUGGCCGGGCGGCGCUGCGAGACAAACUCAUGGCCCAGCAGAGGGAUCCCACACGGAAACGUAAGCAGUCGUCCGGCAACGCUGGGAACCACGACAGUGGCAACAACAUGGUCUUCAACAUGCUCAACAAGCAGGGCAUGGGUGGACCCCACAUACAGGGGGCCAGCGCUACAGAGCAGCUGCGUAAAGUGGGCCGGAUGGGGAACCUGCACCCCAACGCCUCCAUGGCUCAGCUGCUGCAGUCCAUGAGCUGCCACAGUUCCCACAACAUGGCGGGGAACAGCCACCGCCCUGGGCUCAGUUCCGGCUCACACGGAGCGGCGCCGCUUCACUACAACGACAGUGCGGGCAUGCAGCAGAACCUCCUUGUCCAGCAGAGGUUGCGGCCUCCAGGAGAUCCCAUCCAGCACUGCCAGAACCUGGACCCAUCAGGGGGCCACCUGGUCCCCCGUCCAGGACAGUACCCCGACAUGAUGGCCCAGAUGCAGGCUCAGUCCAUGAACACCUGCGGUCCUAUGGGGCCAGGCGGCGGACCGAUCGCACCGGAUGGCAUGCCGCUGGUACGCCCCAACCCUAACCCACCACCACUGUCUCAUCCGGGUCCGCACCCUUCACAGCUCCACAGUAUGAGGAGGACGAGCAUCGUGCUGCACGGAGGGGGCGAUGGAGGCUGCAACCAGUCGGUCUCUGAUGCAGGCAUCGGUAUGGGCACCAUGCAGCCUCAUGUGAACGCUGGUGGAGCUCAGAUGUACCAACAGCAGGUCCACCAGCGAAUGCCACAGGCGGUUUCCUCUCACCCAGCCUACCAGGGGCAGCAGCACUUCUCUGACAACCAACACUACAAAGAUGGCGGCAGCAACGGCAGCUCCAUGGCCUGCCUCUAUCCGAACUACCAGCAGGGAAUGUUGCCCCACCCUCAGUUUGUGGAGGGGCAGCAAAGCGAGGGGCUCCCGGCAGGCUCUGAGCGGGGCGCCGGCGGCGGGCCGGAGGUGGUGGACGCUAUCUACAGAGCGGUAGUGGACGCCGCCAGUAAGGGCAUGCAUGUCACCAUCACCACCACGGUGAGCGGGACCACGCAGGCCAGCCCGGUGCCCGCCCUCAGUGCCAUGAGUGCCUUCACUGCCAACGUGGGGGAACCCGUCAACCUCCCCCAGGCGGUCAGCGCCGUCCUGCACGGGCACCAGGACGGAGACCGGCCGCGGCAGGCCAGGUCAGGGCGCGGACAGAAGAACAUGGAUGCUGGGAAGAGCACUCCAGACGGUCCAGAACCCAACGACUACUUCCGCUCCCCCGGCCGAGGAACGCCAAGAGGGCAGUGGGACGGAGAGGCGCCACACGGCGGAGGCUUUGAGGCGCAGAGCAACAACGCCUGGGGAGGGGAGGAGUUCCUGGAGUGCUCUACCCAAGUGAGAAGUAGUCCUCUGAUGGAGAGGCCUGCCAGCCUGGCCCCGGCGCCGCCCUGCCCCGCCGAGGGCUCCAACGACCACAGCCUGGCCCUUCCCCACGACAAAACCUUCUUCGACCGGUUCAACAACUGCAACCGGACCCCCGCCAACUACAAGGAGCGUCUGGAACAAACGGUGGAGCGGUGCGCCCACAUCAACGGCGCCACGCCUCAUUUCAACGCCAGGGCUUACGGGGAAGUCCUGGGCCCCCCGCGACAGGAGCUGACGGGGGACGACCAGUCGCCGGGCUCCUCCACCAGCCUGGAGGGGCCCCUGGCCACGCCCAAAGACUACAGCCACUACAAUGGUCACUUCAACGGCAUGGCGCCCAGCCCCUCAGACACCAAGAGCCUGAGCAGCGAGGAGGACCUGCGGCAGCCCGACUCGCCCUCGUCCGAGCUCCUCCACUACCGCUCCAGAACCUUCAACAUGGGGGAGCUGGUCUGGGGCCAGCUGAAGGGCUUCCCCCCCUGGCCCGCCAAGCUGGCCGGUGACGAUCAGGUGCACUGCGCCGCAAUGCAGCUGCGAGAGCAGGCCAAGGUGGAGCCGGAGAAACUAAAAACACUAACCCACGACUUGGAGGCACUUGACCGAGCCGCCAAGAGAGGCCUGAAACCCAAACUGAACAACCCCCUGCAAGUUGCUCUCCAUGAGGCCAUGAGCGAGCUCGACAAAAUGUCAGGCACACUCCCAUCUAGGGAACGUCAGCUGAUGCUUCCCAAGCCCAAGAGGAGGAAAAUAUCCAGAUAACAUUGAAUGUGUCCGGCCCAAGAACGUCCUGACCGGGCGGUCUGAGCUCUUCAACAGGUGCUACACAUGGACUUUCAGUGGUACAAACCUUGUCCCAACUUGACUCUGACUGACCACAGAAGGUGCUGGAAACUCCAAUCACCAAUACAGUUUUAACUGUAGAGAGAAAAAUAAGAAAAAUACAAAAAAAAACAUUAAAAACAGUUGCAAUUUGUCUACAGUUCACUGAAUUAACUAUUUUUUUCUAGUAUAAGAUAGUAAAAUAAACAAAAAAAGCUACAAGCAUUACCUUACAUAUUUAAGAAAAAUAGACAGUCCAAAUAUUUCUGAUACAUUUUCAAUAUGUAUAUAGAUAAUCCUGAAAUUUCCUGCUAUUAAGAAUUGUAUGUAAAUAUUGUACAAUGUCAUGUACAAGCAUACCUAAUGCACAUUUUAUCUUUUAUUGUACAAAAACAAAGCAGUAGAAGUGUACCAAUGUCUUGGUUUCUAUUCAGACGUGCGGCUGCUUCAGGCCGCAUGCGUAGGACGAAUAAGAUGACAGCCUAAAGCUUUUAUAUGAUCAACCGUACGUCGUGCUGUUUUCCUUCUUUUCUUCAGUCCAGGAUCGGCCGAGUGUUCGUUUAGAAACAAAACAGAAUGAACUUUACCAGCAGAAAGUGUUCCGUGUUUAUUUUCCUCCACCAGCUUCAUCCAGGACAGGAAAACCAUCAUGUUUACGAAUCCGGCGAGGCGCUUUUAAGAAGGAAUAAUCCACCUGAAGGCGACGGUAAAGCUUCAUUUCUCUCAAACGGUUUCAGUUUCACAAGUUUGGGUGGAUUUUUCCUUUGAGAUUUCCGCCGUCGUCUCGGAUUCGAUUGUUCUCAUGCUUGUGUGUACAGUAUUUUAGUUUCUUUUGCCACAACUAUAGCUUUAGGUGGACUAACCAACCUCAGAGUUUAGAUCAUGAAAGGAAACACUAACUUGACGGAAGCAUUUUUCUUAUUUAGAGGCCUUUUUGUUUCUGUUUUUUGUUGCUUGUUGAUGUAAAUUAUUUAUGUACAGUACUCCAUAUUUAUUUUAAGCUUUACAAAUAUGCUAGAUGGCAAUAAUACUACCAAGAGUUGAGAACUAAAGCCUUAUAUGUGUAUAUGUAUGUUUUUUUUCUGUUCUGUUUGUUUUUUAACAGGUGAACAACAGAUCAUGUGUCCCGUUUUUAUUUAAGAAGUUUGGCGCUCAGAUUUCUCAUUUUGUUACACGUUGUGUCAUGGGGUGUUUUGCUAUAAAAACCAUGUUAUUUAUGAAUAUUAACCUCUUAAAAUGCAGACAUGGAGGUAUUAAAUGCAGUUUUAACACUACUAUACUGACAGUAUCGGAAACGCUGCAUCAAACUGCUGCUCCUCCUGAUCAAUAACCUGAAAUCGCUACCGAAUGAUCAAGUGCAAUAAACCAAGCGAUGGAUCAACAGCAUCUUCUGCGACCGUUAGUGCUCUGCUUGCUUUCCUCUCAUCUGCUUACUUUCCUUUUCUAUCAAACUUCUCUUUACUCUGUAGUUUUGUAGACGCUCCACACUUGUUACAACUUGAGAUGUUUCUUCUGACCAAAGCAGUUCCAGCGCUGAUCACGAAAAUCGUCUCUUUUUAAAACAAAUAUUGAAUUCUCAUCCGGUUAAACGAUCACAGUGGCUGGUUGUGACUCUUCCCUCCAACCUGAUGUCCUAAUUUCAACCAAUUGAACUUAUAAAGGCUGUUAAACAGCAGUUUAAAAACACUGUUUCAAGCAGGGUUUAUAAAUACCUGCUGGUGAAGAUUUUAUAGAUAUUUCUAUAAACAGGAGUUAUAAACACCAAAAGCUCAGCAAACAGGAAUUAUGAAAUUUCACUCUGGAUUUAUAAACAUCUUGAUAGAAUUGACAAAACAGACAAACAUUGCUGCAAAAAUGAGUUGCAUUCUCAGUUUCAAGCAGGAUUUAUAAACACCAGUUUUAGAUUUCAGCCUGCUCAGAAACGGCGACUCAUUUUAACAUUUACUGCUGAAAUGUAAAGAUUUAACAACAGGAGUUACAGGCAUUGUUUUGAUAAACAUCACAGCAAACAGGAUUUAUAAAGACAAGAGAUUUGAUAUUUAUCAAUUCUAGCAUCACUUAUAAAGAGUUAAACUCACUAGCUGGGAUAUUAAGAGUUUAUAAAUGAAAUUACAUGCAGUGUUUAUAAACUGUUAUAAAUUCAGCUUAAAAUACACAACAAAAAAACAGAACAACAUAUUUUUAGUACUGGAAUAAUCCCCAUUUAAAAAAAUACUUAUCGUUUUAUUGAUACACUACAAAAUAACAUAUCCGUAUCCAGACAAUAAAAUAUUAAGCACUACAAGAAAAGCAACUUUCACUAAUUUUUCCAGCCAUUUUAUUUUUUCUUUGCUUGAAGAAGUUAGUUUGUAUUUUAUUUUAUUUUAUUAUAGGUCACUCACUACUGCCCGAUUCAAAUCUUCCCCCUGUCCUCUUCUAAACACAUGAACUCUUUCGGUAAAGUUCAUUCUGCCCUGAUUUUAUGUUUUAUUUUAUUAUUUUGUGUGUGCAAUGUCAGGAACCCAUGUUCUGCCACGCCCACGUUCUCCGUGGUCAAACAUAGGAAACAUUUUUCGCCUGUGAUUCUGUGUUGAGGUGCGAGUGUCAUUUUUUUAUUUCCCCAGUGUUUUUUUCCUCUUCUGUCAGUAUUUUCUUUCUCUUCGGCUUGUAAUUAAGUAUAUAUUUUCUCACUAAUAUAUACUUUACAAAAAGAAUAGACCUGCGUGAAGUACCGUGUGCACUUGGUUGCUCUUGUUUAUUUCUUUCCUUUCUGCAUUAAUGUGGGUUAGGAAUAGUGUGUCAGAGUCCAUUAUUUUCAGAUUGUUUGAACUUUUUUUUUUUUAAUGGUUUGAUGUAAGCAGCAUUUUUUUGUAAAUAUUGUGAAACAUUACAGGUCAUGCAGUGAUGUAACAUUUUGAAUAAUGUUGCACAGAUGUUUAAGAUAUUAAAACCAUGUUCACUCUUA